CUGGGGAGGUUGGACCGGGUGAGGGAUGGGGCCGGCGAUGCGGAGACCGAGAGCCCCGAUCCCGCUACCCUCAGCGGGGGGCUGCCCCGGGCCCUACCAGCUGGAGAGCCCCGGCCCAGCCCCCUGGAAUAGACCCCCGAACUUCGCCCCCCUAGAACGCCCCCUGUUUCCAGCCUGUCCCAAGGGCCGGCCCGGACGGCUCCAGCGCCACCUCCUGAGCGGCGAAUUCGACCAGCUGCGAGACUUCUCCAUCUUUGAGAGCAACUUCGUGCAGGUGACCCGGUUAGGAGAAGUCGCCAACAAGGUCACCAUGGGGGUGGCAGCCUCCAGUCCAGCCCUGGAACUCCCAGACCUGUUGCUGCUGGCAGGCCCCACCAAGGAGAAUGGACGCCUGCAGCUCUUUGGGCUGUUCCCCUUGCAGUUCGUCCAGCUCUUCGUCCACGACGAGAGCCGCUGCCAGCUCAAGGUCAAGUUCCGCACCGGCCGCGCCUUCUACCUGCAGCUGCGGGCGCCGCCCGAGACCCGCGACCGCGAGUUCGGCCAGUGGGUGCGGCUGCUCUACCGCCUGCGCUUCCACUCGGCCCAGGGAGCCGUGCCCUUCACGCAGGAGUACUCGGCGCUGGAGGACGGCGAGGAGGACGAGGAGCCGACGGAGCGCGAGGAGGCCAUGGAGACCAGACUCGACCCACAGACCUCUGAACUCUGGGGGCUCUGAUUCCUCUAGCCUUUGAGGUCACCAAAGGACCAGAGGUCAAAGCCCCCUACCUCAGGGCGGGAAAGAUGAAUUAUUAAAGUUAAUAAAGAUCGGCCACUUAAGAACCAACAACCAGGUCGUCAGCCGUUUGCCAUGGUCACCAAUUCAAUGCAUUUCCAGUGUGGCCGCCUGGGCGUGGUCUUGGUUCACGUGUCUGGCUCCUGGGCCAUGAGACCCCGUGCCCGCCAUUCCUUCAUGGCUCCCCCACUACAGCAGCCUUCCCAGUUUGGCCUUUGGCUCCUCUCUGCCUCAUUGUGGUUGCCACUGCGGCGGCCAGCCUCCCUAGUCUCAGAGGGCAGCCUCCACCCUGGUCUGGGGUUCGCCUCUGACCUCUGCAGUUGCCAUGGCAACGUGGUCGCCUCACUAAAGGAGCUGUUCCAAGAUGGGGCCUCAACGUGCUCUGUUCUAUCUGGGCUGCCUUAUUCUGGUCGCCCCUCCAACCUGGCUGU